CGCGCCGCUGCCGGCCCGCUGCGCGCUCAGCUCAUCCAGCUUUGCGGACCGCAGCAGCCAUGGCCGACAUCAAGACCGGCAUCUUCGCCAAGAACGUGCAGAAGCGACUCAACCGCGCGCAGGAAAAGGUCCUCCAGAAGCUGGGAAAAGCCGAUGAAACGAAAGACGAACAGUUUGAAGAAUAUGUGCAGAACUUCAAACGGCAAGAGGCAGAGGGUACCAGACUUCAGCGAGAACUCCGAGGAUAUUUAGCAGCAAUCAAAGGCAUGCAGGAGGCCUCAAUGAAGCUCACCGAGUCACUUCAUGAAGUCUACGAGCCCGAUUGGUACGGAAGGGAAGAUGUGAAGAUGGUUGGUGAGAAAUGUGAUGUUCUAUGGGAAGACUUCCAUCAAAAACUAGUGGACGGGUCCUUGCUGACGCUGGACACCUACUUGGGCCAAUUUCCUGACAUAAAGAAUCGCAUUGCAAAGCGUAGCAGGAAGCUCGUGGACUAUGACAGCGCUCGCCAUCACUUGGAGGCUCUGCAGAGUUCCAAAAGGAAGGAUGAGAGUCGGAUCUCCAAGGCAGAAGAGGAGUUCCAGAAAGCUCAGAAAGUGUUUGAAGAGUUCAACGUUGACUUACAAGAAGAAUUACCAUCGUUAUGGUCAAGACGAGUUGGCUUUUAUGUCAAUACUUUCAAAAAUGUCUCCAGCCUUGAGGCCAAGUUUCACAAGGAAAUUGCAGUGCUUUGCCACAAGCUCUAUGAAGUGAUGACAAAACUGGGCGAUCAGCAUGCUGACAAGGCCUUCAGUAUCCAAGGAGCUCCCAGUGAUUCAGGUCCUCUUCGCAUUGCAAAGACACCAUCACCCCCAGAGGAGCCUUCGCCUCUGCCCAGCCCAACAGCCAGUCCCAACCACACACUAGCGCCUGCCUCUCCUGCCCCAGUGCGACCCAGGUCACCUUCACAGACAAGGAAAGGGCCUCCUGUCCCACCUCUGCCUAAAGUGACCCCAACGAAAGAACUGAAGCAAGAGAACAUCAUCAACUUCUUUGAGGACAACUUUGUUCCAGAAAUCAAUGUGACGACACCUUCGCAGAAUGAAGUCCUUGAGGUGAAGAAGGAGGAGACUUUGCUGGAUCUGGACUUUGACCCUUUCAAGCCUGAUGUGACUCCUGCAGGUUCUGCUACAGCAGCCCACUCCCCCAUGUCUCAGACGUUGCCCUGGGACUUAUGGACGACAACCACUGAUUUGGUACAACCGGCUUCUGGAGGUUCAUUUAAUGGCUUUACCCAGCCCCAGGAAACUUCAUUAUUCACCAUGCAGGCAGAUCAGAAUAUGGUAGGUAGCUUGGCUGAAACUGAACAGGCGCUAUCCAUGGAGCCCCAAGCCGAGGAGCCUCCUGCCACCACUGCUGCACCUGCUGCCGGGCUGGACCUUGGACUGGAGAUGGAGGAGCCAAAGGAGGAGGCAGUGAUUCCUCCGGGAACUGAUGCCGACGAGACUGUGGGAACUACAGUGCCCACUGAUGGGGUCCCGGUGGAGGAAGCCGAGGCAGAGAAGGCGGCACUCCCUGCUGCAGAAGGAGAAAGUCUUGACGGAACCAAAGUCGAUGCUGAGAGCAAUGAGGUUACAAGCAGCGAGAGCCCUCCACCAGCAGAGACUGAAGUGGCUGCUCCCCAGGAGAAGGUCAUCCCUUCCGUUGUCAUCGAGCCAGCCUCCAACCAUGAAGGGGAAGGAGAACACCAUGAAACCACCGUGGGUGCCACCGAGGAUGUGGCUACUCAGGGCCAGGCUGGUGAGACGCAGGAACUGGUUGCAGAGGCCACGCCUCUGGAUUCUCAGGCAGCUAUGGCUGCACCAGGAGGUGCUGGGGAUUCCUCCGUGUCUGCAGAGGAUGCUGCUCAGGACAUGCCUCCUGGCUUUCUCUACAAGGUGGAAACCCUGCAUGAUUUUGAGGCAGCUAAUUCUGAUGAACUUAACCUGCAGAGGGGUGAUGUGGUGCUCGUGGUCCCCUCAGACUCAGAAGCUGACCAGGAUGCAGGCUGGUUGGUGGGGGUGAAGGAGUCAGACUGGCUUCAAUACAGAGACCUGGCCACUUACAAAGGCCUCUUUCCAGAGAACUUCACCCGGCGUCUGGAGUAGGGCUGCAGAUGUCUCAAGAGUCGCAUGACUAGGUUGUUAAACCUUCAUGAGAUGCGGAGGAGUUCACUCUUGCUACUACCCUCAUAGUGAGUGACAGUCUGGUGCCAGAUGAGGCUUGGGAAGACAGAUCCAUAGAGCAUGUAUGCAAAAACCUUAAGAAGAGGGGAAAAUAGCAAACUAAGGAACAAGUCCUUCCUUUGUUCCCUGUGUUCAAUAGUGGUCUGUGUGUGCUUCGUCUAACUGUGGACACUGGUAACUUGAUUCCCCUCCUCCAAGUCUAAAGUAGCUUUUUCCAGACCGGACUCCGAGUUCUUUGCGUCAGGUGUGUGAUGUCGAGUGGCUGCCCUGCAGAUGUAAUGAGUUAUCCCGUAGUGAGACACCAUCGUCCCCCCCUUGCCCAGUGUGAGCACAGGCUCGCUUUCCCUUUCAAGUUUACUGCGUUUAAAACUCAAACAGGCUGCAAACGUUCUUCACAGUCUUUUCCGAUCACCUCUAUAUACAUACGUAUGGACAGACAGUCCCACAAGCUAAUUCCCAUGCCUGCUGGACCUAUGUGUAUGCAGUUGGCUACAUAUGCAUAGCCCAUCCCUUCCCCUCCCACCGUAGCUCUUCGCCUGUAAGUGUCAUUGAUACGCGCAUUGCUCUUACUCCGUCUGGCAUUACAGCUGCAGUUUUGCCUCAGGGCAAAACCACUCAUCCCAUUGCCAAAACAGUUGACAGUGUCUGUGUGUGUUGUGUGCCGUUUUCAGGGUGAGAUGCCAGGUAGCACGCCCAUGCUGCUGCCCCCUUUGGAGAGAGCAGGGUGUGGUGGUGUAGCCGCUCAGCUGCUGGGGCCCAUCCGAUAAAAAUCAGAUCUGGGCCAGCAAUGACGCAGUCUUCACUUCUGCCUUUAUGCAAUUGGAUGGAUGAGGGGGCAAAAGGACCUAUUUCCAAAAGCUCCUAUGUAACUUCCACGCUAUCUUUAUGCAGCCCAUCUUCACGGAGCAUUCUCAAGUGAAAGAGGUGAUAUGUGCUGUAUCACAAACCAUCUGUAACCGUUUUGUUUCUCAGUGCUGUGUCGUUCCAAAUAAA